AUGCUAUCACAGUCCAUCUCUGCCAUCCGGGGCGACCUGUCAAACAUCACCGCUCCGCCAUUCGUCCUCGACACAAAAUCCACAGUCGAAUUACCAGGUUUCUGGGGUGAAAGACCGUCCGUUUUUGUGGCCCCGGCCUCAUCUCAAGAUCCUGCAGAGCGCGCCCUUCUCGUUCUGAGGUGGUUUCUCUCUUCACUUCGCAACCAGCAAUACUCGGGUCGGGCGCCCGGUCAAGGAGUCAAGAAGCCUCUCAAUGCCUUUCUCGGAGAACUCUUCAUUGCCAGAUGGGAGGAUGAGGCUGGGUUAACGAGGUUGGUCUGCGAGCAAGUCAGUCACCACCCUCCCGUGACGGCAUGUCGUCUGUGGAACGAAGAACAUGGUGUUUCGGCUGAAGGAUAUACUCGCCAGGAGAUUUCGUUCUCCGGAAACCUGAACAUCAAGCAAAUAGGCCACGCGAUCGUCCACCUUUCUCGUCACAACGAGUCGUUUCUGAUCCCAUUGCCUGAUGUUAAGGUGAAGAGCAUCAUCACUGGCAGUCCUUACCCAGAGCUCGAAGGAACGUACUACAUUCCCAGCACAAAUGGGUACAUGUCGACCAUCGUCUUCGGCAGCAAAGGUCUGUUUUCAAGUUCCAGCAAGAAACAUAGCUUCGAGGCGAAAGUGUACCGUGAAGGAGAGGAGGGAAGCCCUCUGUACACCGUCACGGGUAACUGGGAUGGUGUCUUUGUCACGCAUGAUGUCCGGACCGACACCGAGAUCGAUCGAUUUGAUGUUGAGACCGCCAAAACCACCCCUCUCGUGACAGAUCCUCUGGAUGAGCAGGACCCGUGGGAGUCCCGCCGGGCAUGGCACGACGUUCGCCAAGCCCUGCAGAGAGGCGACAUGCAAGGAGCUGCAGAUGCUAAAUCGAAGCUGGAAAACGGACAGAGAGAUCUGCACAAGAACGACCCUGAUGGAAAGUCUUGGGAGAGAUUGUUUUACGCCACCGUACCACAUGAUGAGGUGGCUGAGGGACUGGCAAAGAAGAUA